AUGUCGGCCACGGGAACAUACAGAGGGACGCCGAAAGGGCGAGCCCAGAGCAACUUUGCAACCGACAGCCCUUCCAACAUCCCCGUUCCUGGCCCUCGACCCAAACUCGAGAGCAUGCCCAGUGAGGCUCAGUCCUCGUAUAGCGCCAGCAGGACGAAGCAGUCGAAGAGAGAUGAGGCCCUCCGAAACAAGAUCGAGAAAGACCUCAGCAAGAAACGAACCAAUGCCGGACGAUCUCGCCAGACUCGCAAGGCGCCCCCGGGCACUGUGCUGUCUCUACGUCCGAACCAAGCACUGCAGAUCAAGCCGAAUACUACCGUCACCGAGGCCGCCCAACUGAUGGCGGCGAAGAGGGAAGACUGCGUGCUUGUGACCGACGACGACGAUCGAAUCGCUGGUAUCUUCACGGCAAAAGACUUGGCAUUCCGAGUGGUAGGAGCAGGGCUGAAGGCGAGCGGUGUCACCAUCGCCGAGAUCAUGACCAAGAACCCGCUGUGCGCAAAGACAGAUACUAGUGCUACCGAUGCUUUGGACUUGAUGGUGCGCAAGGGCUUCCGACAUUUGCCAGUGAUGGACGAGAACCAUGAUAUCUCGGGUAUACUGGACAUUACCAAGUGCUUCUACGAUGCUAUGGAGAAGUUGGAGCGGGCGUACAGUUCGUCGAAGAAGCUUUAUGAUGCUCUGGAGGGUGUGCAGGCUGAGCUGGGCUCGAGUCAGCCGCAGCAAAUCAUACAGUAUGUCGAGACAUUGAGGUCAAGGAUGUCUGGGCCUACCCUCGAGUCUGUGCUCAACGGGCUGCCACCCACCACAGUGUCCGUCCGGACGAGCGUCAAGGAAGCCGCUCAGCUGAUGAAGGAGAACCACACCACGGCACUGCUCGUGCAAGAUCAAGGCCAGAUCACCGGUAUUUUCACCUCGAAAGAUGUUGUUCUCCGUGUCAUCGCUGCUGGUCUGGAUCCGGCGAACUGCUCUGUUAUUCGCGUUAUGACGCCGCACCCAGACUUCGCGCCUUUGGACAUGAGCAUCCAGCAGGCUUUGAGGAAGAUGCACGAUGGCCACUACCUUAAUCUGCCGGUGAUGAACAAAGAAAACGAUGAGAUUGUGGGUAUGGUGGAUGUGCUGAAGCUUACUUAUGCUACGCUGGAUCAGAUCAACAGCAUGUCGACAGGCGACAGCGAAGGCCCAGCCUGGAAUAAAUUCUGGAUGUCCAUGGACCAGGAGACCGAGUCUAUGAUGUCCGGCGAAGGCAGUAGUCACGUCCCGCACACGCCCAACGACCGCUCCGCCAUGAUGUCCCCGGACCUGCACCGCCCCGAAGUCGAGCGCCUCGACAGCCUCAUGCCCGGCGACUCGGCCUCCCACCACGGCGCCACCGACAUCGAAGAGGCUUCCGCCUUCAUCGGCGCCGUAGAAGAAACCCCCUUCACCUUCAAAUUCAAAUCCCCCUCCGGCCGCGUCCACCGCCUCCAAGUCACCGCCUCCGCCGGCCUGGAAGAAUUCGUCGCCGUCGUCGCCCAGAAACUUGGCGCCGAAGCCGACGGCAUCGGCGGCGCCCCGAAUGUGGACGACGGCAAGCUCAGCCGCGGCGGCUUCGCUCUCAGCUACCUUGACAACGAGGGCGACACCGUCUCCAUCACCACGGACCACGACUUACUCGAAGCGAUCACCCUCGCCCGCCAAGGGCAUAAGGAGAAAGUGGAUCUGUUUGUGCAUGAUCCCGAGAAAGCCGCGCUGCCGCCGACGCUGGACCCUCAGCCGGCUAUGUCCGCUGCGCCACCGCCGACGCCGCCGGAGAGUAUGGUCCGCAGGCGGAAGCAGGUAGAGGAGAGCGAGGAGGAAGAGUCGCCGGUUGAGGCACGGAGACGGGAGAAGAAGAGCGGUGGGGGGUUGGCGGAGGCGGUCAAGGGGCAGGAGCAGCUUGUGCCGGGGGUGCCGAAUGAGUUGUUGUUGCCCGGGGCGUUGGUGGCGCUGGGAGCGGUGAUUGUGAUUACUUUUGCUUUGGGGAGGAGUUCGUCGCGGUAG